GUUUCAAUAAAUCAAUAACCAAAGACACAGAAAAUAGUUUUGAAGCAUUAGAUAUUCCAUACAAAAAUUUCGAAAUAACAAAAACGAACGAGAAAUCUGGUUUUAAACCUCGGUACUACGAGAUAUUCAGAAAAUCUUUAAUUUUAGAUGAUACUGUUUCAAUAAAAGAACUUUGGGUUGAAGCUCUUGAUAUACGAACUGACACGUACAUGAUUAAAUUUCAUAACCAAUUAGUACUCAGUACAAAACAACCAUCAUCUUAUGAAGAUUAUAUGGUAUUUAUUCAAUCGUACUAUAAUGCAGCGAGUAUAUAUUAUUUUUAUCAGAAAUAUGAAUUCGCAUUUGAGGUUAUCAACGAUGGUUUGAAAUAUUUCGAUUCAAUAAAAGAUCAUUUAGUAGUUUCUGAAAAGCAAUAUGACAAUCAAAACAAACAUGUACAAGUGUGGCGUACACUAUUAAAGACAUUGAAAUUAGAUAUAAUGAAGCAUAUAACGAGUAUUUCUGACCAAGAUAUAGAGCAAGCAGAUCAUGAAUUAUCAAAAGAAGAAAAUAAAUUUAAUGUUCCAGAAUAUGGAUCGUUUCCCAGUUCAGCAGUAUUAUUGUUUCGAGGAUAUUUUUUAAUCAGAAGGCAUGACGAUCAAAGGGAAACACAAUAUAAUCAAUGGUUAUACAAUUAUGCAUUAUGGAAAUCCACGGAUUACGAUGAUGUAUAUUAUAGAAGAUACAAUUUCAUGUACAUGUUUAUAAUGUAUUACUAUCAUGAUGGUGAUUUUAAUGUUUCAAUGGAAUAUCUAUUUUAUGCAAUCGACAGGCCUGUCUUAACCGUCGAAGAUAGAUUAAUGAAUUUUGUUGCGAAUCAAGCGGCAUUAACUGCAAUUGAAACGUACAAUGAAACAUUAGAUAAUCCACAUAAUGAGGACAAAUUAAGUUUAUUUCUAAAACAUUUAAAUACUAAUACACGAUUUACAGGCUUUCAGUUAACAGUUAUUCCCAAAUUACGUGUUUUAUAUGAUAUGAGUAAAAGAAACUUAAUAGAAGAGCUUUAUCAAGAAUUAACAACACACAAUCAACUUAUCAACGAAGACGUAUUACAUUUAAUUGUCACUUCGGUGUUAGAUAUGGACACGGAAUCAGAAAAAUAUUAUGCAAAUAUUCAAAACGUCAAUAUAGUAAAAAAUGUAUUCCAUCAACAUUCAAACGUAUGCUAGACAAAACCCAAAAAUCAAAAAAAAA